AUGAAGCACGGGUUUAAGAAAUCGGAGGAGGGAUUGAGAGAAUUUGUCGCUUCCUCUGGUUUCUCUUUUGAUUCUGGUAAUGUUUAUAUUCGAUUUUUUCCAUAUGAUUUUGAUCUUAGAUUGAGAUUUAGAAUUCUCAAUCUUCGGUUUCUCCUUUAUCCACCAGUUCAUGUGCCCGAUUGGGUUAAUAGUCAGGCUGGAUUUGUUCAAGUACCUGAUUCUGAUAGGCUAGGUUCUUUCUCAGACUUGUAUGCCAUGGGUACAAGAGUAAUUAAAGGUUCUGAGUGGUUUGCUUCAGAAAUGAAAGCUUUGAGUGAUGACUAUGAACAGAAUAGUGGUUAUGUAGCACCUGAAUAUGCAAUUUAUGGGCAAUUAUUUGAGAAAGUUGAUACAUACAGCUUUGGUGUGGUGGUCCUAGAAAUCAUUAGUGGAAAGAGAUACAAGGAUGUUGACUACCAAUUAGUCACUCAAAAUCUCCUUGAUCAUGCAUGGGAUCUACAUAAGAGUGGAACGCAUCUGAAUUUAAUGGAUGAGAAACUAGAUCCUAGUGAAUAUGCAGUAGAACAUGCUAUGGAGAUCAAGAUAGCAUUCAUGUCCACUCAACUACCAUCAACUAGACCUGCAAUGUCUGAAGUGCAAUGGGAAGGAUUAAUUGAGUUGAUGGGAACUGAAUCAAGAGCUGUAGGGGGUCUUGAAUUUUUACACAAGUAA